CUGUGACCGGGAUUAAGAGGCGAUGGAGACAAGAAACACCCUUAGACUUGGGUAUAUAUGGGCCAGGCAGGCAGCCUGGAACACACUGUCCACCAUCGACCUCGGAUUCCCUCCCACCAGUUCAAGCUCAGCCACAUCCUCAUGCCUUCCUCAUCUCGCAUCUCUUCUUCUGGGGCUGCAGGCAGCAGGCAUGGAAGCCGCUGUAGUCUGGGGGGCAGCUCUGCCUGGGGCCUGCAAGGGGGAGCCAGCAGCUAUGGCCUGGGUGUGAGGUCCAGUGCUGGCUUUGGAGGGGGCAUUGGAGGAAGCAGCUUAGGAGGAGCCUCGGGCUGCGGAGCUGGCUCUGGUGGGGGCUCCGGAUUUGGUGGCGGUGCUGGAGGAGACUUCUAUAGCUACGGUGGUGGCAUGGCGGGUGGUGUUGGCCAUGGGGGGCUUCUCUCUGGAGGUGAAAAGCAAACCAUGCAGAACCUCAAUGACCGCCUGGCCAACUACCUGAACGAGGUCAGAGCCCUGGAGGAGGCCAACACCGAUCUGGAGAGCAAAAUCAAGCAGUGGUAUGACAAGUUUGGACCUGGGUCCAGAGACGGCGAAUCUGGAAGAGAUUAUAGCAGAUACUAUCCAGUGAUUGAGGAGCUCAGGAGCCAGAUUGUCAACGCCACUGCUGAAAAUGCUGCGAGGAUUCUGCAGGUUGACAAUGCCAAACUGGCUGCUGAUGACUUCAGACUGAAGCACGAGAACGAGCUGUUUGUCCGACAGAGCGUGGAGGCCGACAUCACCGGACUUCGCCAAGUCCUGGACGAACUGACCUUGGGCCGCUCGGACCUGGAGAUGCAGGUGGAGAGUCUCACUGAGGAGCUGGCCUUCCUCAGGAAGAACCACGAGGAGGAAAUGAGGAACAUCUCAGCCAGCUCUGGAGGAGACGUGAAUGUAGAAAUGAAGGCUGCCCCGGGAACCGACCUGACGGCUUUGCUGAAUGACAUGCGGGCACGAUACGAGGAGCUGGCUGAGCAGAACCGGCGCGACGCAGAGGAGCGGUUCAACAAGCAGAGCGCGUCCCUACAAGCACAGAUCUCCACAGAUGCUGGAGCGGCCAGUUCCGCCAGGAAUGAGAUAACUGAACUCAAACGUACACUGCAAGCCCUGGAUAUUGAGCUUCAGUCCCAGCUGGCCAUGAAAAGUUCACUGGAAGGAACGCUGGCCGACACGGAGGCUGGCUAUGUGGCUCAGCUGUCAGCCGUUCAGAGGCAGAUCGGCGGCCUGGAGGAACGGCUUUGCCAGAUCCGGGUGGAGACGGAAAGCCAGAACACAGAGUAUGAGUGCCUGCUGGACACCAAGACGCGCCUGGAGAUGGAAAUCGAGACCUACCGCCGCCUGCUUGAUGGAGAGACACGUUCCAUCGCGACAAAGCCCCAGUGUGGCUGGAUUCUACCAACUUUGCAAAUUGCAAAAAGAAACACAAUUUUUUUUCCUCUCUCUGACUAUAGAAACCUAGGAUCCAGGAACUCAAGCUCUGAAAAUUCUGGCCAAGGAAGAGAUCCCAACAAGACGAGAGUGACCAAGACCAUCAUAGAGGAGGUGGUGGAUGGCAAAGUCGUCUCAUCCCAAGUGAGCAGUAUUUCCGAGGUGAAGAUCAAAUGAGCCAUGUCUGGAUCAACAGAGCGUCUUCCGAACAGAGAAAACUCAAAGAUUAAGUGAAGAAAUCACCUCCCAUCUCCUCAUCUUUCUGAAUAGCUUCAAGGCAAGGUUUUAGUCCAAAAACAGAUAGCUCAUUGAUUUUUCUGCUUCUCCUUUUCUUAUUUGAAGGCUCUUGAAACAGUCUAAAUGUCACCUUUGCUCUGA